CCCACGUAUUCCAAAACUGAAUAACCUAAAAAAAAGUAAAAUUUUGGAUUUGGAGGGAAUUUAGUACGAAAAAGAAACAAUUUGACAUUUGUUUUGUGACUUUUCGAAAACAAAAAGAUCUUGUACUUCAUACAUGUUGAAACUUGAAGUUUCUCGGUUUAUUUUACUGUAAAAUCUGUAAAUACUGUCAUCAGAGUCAUCUUAUUUUCAGUGAAUAAAUAUUUGUGUUCAAAGUGUUCUCAAUUUAUAAACGAAAACAAAUAAAAGAUUGAGUACGUGCGGUAAAAUAUCGACAAGGACAAUUUGUUACAAAAUUACCAUACAAAGAUUAAAUGUGUCGGUGAUAUUGAAUUGUUGUACAAGAUGACAGCUACAGCAUCUGCAGUUACUGCCUCUGUUGAUGAAGAUUUGGAUGAGUGUGGGCCUCAACUUAUAACGAAGUUAGAGGGCAAUGGCAUCACAUCUGGAGACAUCAAAAAGUUAGAAGAAGCAGGUUACCAUACUGUAGAGUCUGUAGCAUAUGCUCCAAAGAAAUGGUUGAUCACUAUAAAAGGCAUAUCAGAAGCUAAAGCUGACAAAAUACUGGCAGAAGCAUCUAAAUUAGUGCCUAUGGGCUUUACAACUGCCACAGAAUUUCAUCAAAAGAGAUCAGAAAUAAUUCAAUUGACAACAGGUUCAAAAGAACUGGACAGACUUCUUGGUGGAGGUAUAGAAACUGGGUCUAUUACGGAAAUAUUUGGAGAAUUCAGAACUGGGAAAACUCAAAUAUGCCAUACAUUGGCUGUUACAUGCCAGCUCCCCAUAGAGCAAUCAGGAGGUGAAGGGAAAUGCAUGUACAUAGACACAGAGGGUACAUUUCGUCCGGAGCGGUUGCUGGCAGUCGCUCAGCGCUACGGCAUGGAUGGAGCCGCUGUCCUAGACAACGUCGCGUAUGCUCGCGCGUAUAAUACUGACCACCAGACUCAGUUGCUGGUACAAGCAUGUGCCAUGAUGGCAGAAUCUCGAUAUUCUCUAAUAAUAGUGGACAGUGCCACAGCUUUAUACAGAACAGACUACUCAGGUCGUGGUGAGCUUAAUUCAAGACAACUACAUCUUGGACGAUUUAUGAGGAUGCUGCUUAGACUGGCUGAUGAGUUCGGUGUAGCAGUAGUCAUAACGAACCAAGUGGUGGCCCAAGUUGACUCAGUGGGCGUGUUCAACGCUGACACGAAGAAGCCUAUUGGCGGACACAUAAUUGCGCACGCGUCGACAACUCGCCUCUAUUUAAGAAAAGGGAGGGGCGACAAUAGAGUUUGCAAGAUCUAUGAUAGCCCUUGUUUGCCUGAAACUGAAGCUAUGUUUGCUAUAAGUACUGAAGGAAUUACUGAUGCUAAGGAAUAAUUACUAUUAUUUUAGUUAAAGGCAUUUUUCUGUCUGGAGUAUGUGUGUGAGAUUAUAGAGUAUUUUCUUAGUUAUACAUGUAACUGGCUCAGUCCAAUUAUCUCUGUGACAAUAAAAAUGUAUGCUAAUAAAGGAAGAUUUUAACUUUCUCUUAGAUAACUUCUCAAAGUUGUCUCAAAUAAUAUUAAAAGUACAUUGUGCCUUAGUGUUGUAAUUAAUACAUGCUUAAAUUGAGAGUAAAAGACAAUAAUCUUUUUAUAUUUAAAUGGUCUAUGACUAAUGUUUGUCAAUAAUUAUUUUUGUACAUUUUGCCACAGUCUAAAUUCCCAAACAGUCAAAAUAGUAAUAAUCUCAUUGUAAAUAAACAAUCGCCAAUACUGAACUAUUGUAUGAAGUAAAUAAAACAAUAUAUUUAUAAUAAAUAUUAUGCGUUUAUUUUCUCAAAUAUGGCUUACAACAGUUUAUAUAAAUUGCAAGUACCAACAUUAAAAAUAAAUUUCAAGUACAUAUUCGGUUAACAAACUUAUGAUUGCUCAUAAAUUCGUCCUUAAUAUCGAAAAAUAAAAACAAAAAUAUGGUUGAUUUAUUUAAUUUACAAUUUAUAUAAAAUUUGUAUUCUGCUUUAACAAUAUUAAAUGGUUUAUUUUAUUCAAAAUAGAUGAUAUUAUAAGGCUGAAUUAUUGCUUGAGUAUAUAAUAAUAUGCUUUGCGUCGAUCCUUCAUUUGACCGGUGACUCGGUUACAUUAUAAAUAUGCAUUAUGUGAAUUUAGGGCCAAUUUAUACAAGAACAGAAUCGCAGCUCUUCGAAGAAGAAAUGCAUCGUGCUUUUAAAUCUCCAAUGUAAGUAACAGCUACAUUACACUGUUGAGAUAAUAGUUUAUUUUUCCUUUGCCUAAAAACCACUUAACUCUUUCUCUUGCCGGUAUCUUGAGAUAAGUUUGAAUUUAUUUCGCAUUUCCGCUUCGAUGCGCUUCGAUUUCCGUCCGUAUAAAUUGACCCUUACUAAGGCCUAUAAGAUUUCAAUCCUAAAUUUGGUUUAGCAGUCUAUUUUUACUGGAUUAUAAAUAUUUUCUUUUUUUUUAAACAAGAUACUGAACACUAUGUAUCAAGCAGAUUUUUAAUGCAGGUUAUAAUGAAGGCAAUUAUUUAUUUGAGGGCAUUGUUCAAAAAUUGUGUAAGGAACUACAUUUAUCAACCAACCCUAAAUUAUCAGCGAUUCUGCUAAUUACACUGCAAAACUAAUACUACACACCCCUUAGAAAAAUAAUAGUAUAUCGCUAAGAAAAUUUCAUAUAGUAUAAAUAUUUAUGUACUGAUUGUUUUAGCACGCUAUUGUAACUACAAUAUCUGCAUCAUAAGACUUGUUUAAAACUAUCGACUAUAGGAAUUUAAAAAUGUCUACAAUAAUAUGGAAAUUUUCGAAGGCAGAAUUAGAAAUGCGAGUUUACUUUUUUAUUUAUAAUAAACGAAACGAAUACGACAAAAUAAAACAAAGAUCACAUGAAAUUAUAAAAAUAAAAAGGCUUAUAAAUAUUUUAUUAUUAUUAAAAUUAAAUAAUAUUGUUAUUGGUCAUGCAAUUAAAACUACGAACAUUUCGUGGAUGUCUGUCGUUCCAUUAUGUAAGUCGCUAAGAAAUCGCAAUGUUGACUAGUCGACUACCACCUAUUGACUGCUCUUUACAUUAACACAACUCCUUACCGUACCUUGUGGG